AUAAAGGAAACGAACGAAGACAAGAAACGAUUCAUAGUCAAAACAAUGGAGAGCACGAAAGGUGACUCUUCUACCUCGGGAUACAAGUUCGCCGGAGUUAGCAUUGACGAAGGAAAAUCUAAGCCGGUGAUAUCUACCGAUGGUUUGUUCGGAAGAAGAGACAUGAUUAAAGUCGUGUUGUUGGUCACGACCGUGACACUUUCUUGCCUUUUGUUCUAUAAAUCUGCAAAUAAUCCCCUCAACAUGGUGUCUCUAUGGAAGACCGAUUGUUAUUCUUCAAAAACCAUUAACGAGACUUCCUUAGAAACGGUGCAAAAGAGGGAACCGGUAUCAGAACUAGAGAGAGUACUGAUGAAUGCGGCUAUGGAGGAUAACACGGUGAUCAUCACGGCGUUAAACGAAGCAUGGGUCAAACCAAACUCAACUUUCGACGUGUUUCGAGAGAGUUUCAAAGCCGGUAUAGGAACAGAGAUACUAUUGAAACACGUGAUCGCGGUUUGCUUGGAUAAACAUGCAUACGAUCGGUGCAUAGAGGUUCAUCCUCAUUGCUACUUGAUUAACGUCACAGAUUCAGACCAACUCUCCGGUCCAAACCGGUUUAUGACGCCUGGUUACUUGAAACUCAUUUGGCGGCGAAUGGAUCUUCUUAAGGAAGUUCUUGGAUUAGGAUACAACUUCAUCUUCACGGAUGCAGAUAUCUUGUGGCUUAGAGACCCAUUUCCCCGGUUCUUCCGAGACGCCGACUUUCAGAUAACAUGCGAUGAUUACAAUGGAAAGCCAUCAGACAAGAAUAACCACGUGAACUCGGGAUUCACAUACGUUAAAGCAAACAACAGAACGUUGAGUUUUUACAAGUUCUGGAUCAGAUCGAGUCGAAAGUUCCCUGGAAAACACGAUCAAGAUGUGUUCAACCUCAUAAAAAACAAACAGUUUGUCUUGAAACUUGGAAUCAACAUUAGGUUUCUUGACACGGUUUACUUUGGAGGGUUUUGCCAGCCGAGCAGGGACAUCAACGUGGUUAACACAAUGCAUGCUAAUUGUUGUAUUGGUUUGGACAACAAAGUGAAUAAUCUGAAGGCUGCUCUUGAAGACUGGAAACGAUAUGUAUCGUUGAAUACGACCGUGUCCGAGACUAAAUGGAAUAUUCCACCUAAGUGUGGUUAUUAAUGGUUGUGAGUGAUGGUAGUCGUAGAUUACUGUUAUUAUCUAGUUUCGUGAAGGACAUUUCAAUGGUCAUAACCGGAGUUUAUUGCUGUUCUUGAUUUUAUUUGGAGAUUUAUGUAAUCAAAUUAACAAAGAAUUCCCCCGCAUGUUUUAGUACAAAAAGCCCUUGCUUUGAUUUUUAUUAAAAAAUUAUUGCUACUCUUAACUCA